AUGGGAAGGGGAAGGCCGAAGAAAAUCGUUACUACACACAUUCCAGUGGAAGCUUCAGCGUCUCAGACUCCAGUUCAAAAAUCCAAUCAUGAUCAGAAAAGUGUUCAGGAAGAAACUCCGAUGGAACAGUGGCCGAUAUUGACGAAUAUGAAGGAGAAGGGACAAACUUCAGGGAUGAGAACGGAACAAGCUAGUAUAACUCAAUUAGAAGCAGUGAUAGCACAUGCAGAUACUAAUUCAAGUGGAAAAAGGAUAAUUGAACAGAAUAAUCGAGCAAUUACCAAGGAAGCAGAGAAGCAGGGAGAAGGUGAUGUAGCUGGAAAAGGAUCAGAAAAAUGGGCGAAUCUAUUCGUAGGUUCAACUUUUGCAGCAAAAGGUAUGGAUCUGAGCUAUAUUCCGCCUACUAUCAGAAAUGGAGAAAUAACAGUUGAAUUAUGCAAAGAAGAGGUAGAAGAGGAAACUCAAAAGUGGAAAUUAGCUUUAAUUUUGUAUGUUGUGGGGGGUAGUCCGUCAAUUGGUGCAAUGGAGAGAUAUAUAGCUUCGAUGUGGAAUUUUGUUGCAAAACCUAAAGUCUACUUCCAUAACGAUGGGUAUUUUUUGGUGAAAUUUAAUUCGAUUGAAGAUCGGGAUGAGGUAUUGUACUCUGGGCCACACAUGAUGAAUAAUAAGCCAAUUAUAGUGAAAGUGUGGUCAGCUGAUUUUGAUUUAAACAAAGAAGUUCUGCAGACCAUACCAGUGUGGGUGAAAUAUCCAAAUUUACCUUUGAAUUGCUGGGGUAAGAGAUCACUAAGUAGGAUUAGUAGUGGAUUGGGAGUACCUUUGUAUGCAGAUGCAUGUAUUACACAAGUUGACAGGAUCUCAUAUGCUAGGGUGUUAGUGGAGAUGGAUGUGACAAAAGAGCUACCAAAAUCAGUUAAAGUAACUGAUCCUAAUGGGAGAGAGUUUAUGCAAGUAAUUGAAUAUGAUUGGGUGCCGGAAUUCUGCACAAAAUGUAUGCAGGUGGGACAUCAAUGUAGAAGGACAGACCAGCCAAACAUAAGGAAUAAGAACAUAAAACAGAAACAGGAAUGGCAACCAAAAGGGAUACCAAAAGUAAAUGAAGGAGAGGAGAGGAAAACAGUGCAAGGGGAAAACACAAGUAAGGAGAUAAUAAAUAAUCAGGUGGAGAGUCAUAAAGGGAAGGAGGAACAACAAUGGCGAACAGCUAUAGGAAGAUCAGUAGCAAAGAUAAGGGAUAAACAGCAGACAGAAGUAGUGACCAUAUUGAAUGGUUUCAACUUGCUUGCAGAAUCUUUGAUGUCAUACAAAGAAGGAGAAGGUAGCAGUAGACAGAGAAAGGAUACAGGACAAGGGGGAGCACAAGUUAUUAGGAGAAUAGCUCCAGGAUGGAAGUAUAUAGAUAACUAUGAGCAGAGUAGUAAAGGGAGAAUAUGGAUAGCAUGGGAUCCCAACGAAAUAGAAUGUAAAGAGGUGUGUAAAACUGAACAACUGAUCCAUUCCAGAAUAUAUGUGAAGAGACUAGAUACUCAGAUUAACUUUACUGCAGGGGAAGAUAGACCAGUGGGAAGUCCUGUCCAAGAAGCUGAGGUUAGAGAUUUCAAUGAUUUCAUGAUAAAUAAUGGGUUAGCUGAAUUAAAAAAUAGUGGAAGAAGGUAUACAUGGACUAAUGGGAGCACUUAUAGUAAGAUUGAUAGGGCAAUUGUUAAUACAGAUUGGUUACUCUCAAUGGUACAGAAUGAAGUGUGGGUUAUGGAUCCUCAUAGUUCAGACCAUUCUCCUAUGAGUAUUGAACUGGAGGUACAGGAAGAAAAGAAUGCAAAGCCUUUUAAAUUCCUAAAUCAUCUAGCUGAGCAUGACAAUUUUCUGAAGACUGUUGAUGAAGUUUGGAGUCAAUCUUAUGGAAGACAGAAAAUGUGGAGUGUAUGGCAAAAAAUGAAGAAAGUAAAGCAAGCAAUGAAGGAGUUGAACAAGGCAGAAUAUAAUGGUGCAGAGGUGAAGGUCAAGGAAUGUAGACAGAAAUUGAUAGAAUUGCAGAAACAAAUGAGGACCCCAGGGCAAAAUAGACAACUAAUAGAAGAGGAGAAAGAAGCAAAAAUACAACUGGAAAAAUGGUCACAAAUAGAGGAGAGUAUUAUGAAGCAGAAGUCUAGAAUUAAAUGGUUGCAAUUAGGGGAUGCAAAUACUGCUUACUUCUUUGCCAGCAUGAAGAGUAGAUGCAAUCAAAACAAAAUUAGAAGAUUGAUAAAAAGUGAUGGCAGCUUUGCAUACACAAAGAAGGACAUAGAGGAAGAGGUGAUAGGUUUCUAUAAGCAACUCUUGGGGACUUCAGCAGAUGAACUACCAGCAGUCAAUCCAGUAGUAAUGAAAGAUGGUCCAAAGGUGAACAGAAUACAACAGAUGCAGCUAGUAGCAGAGGUGACUAAGGAGGAAAUAUAUCAAGCUUUGGAAGGCAUCAGUGAUAUGAAAGCUCCAGGUUGUGAUGGUUUUAAUGCAGUUUUCUUUAAAAAAGCUUGGCCAGUGAUAGGAGAAGAGAUUACAAAUGCAGUGCUAGAGUUCUUUGAAGAAUCUCAAAUGUGCAAACCAAUCAAUGUUACAACAGUUACCCUCAUACCAAAGGUGAAAGAUCCUGUCAAAAUUUCUGAGUAUAGACCUAUUUCCUGCUGCACAAUUCUAUACAAAAUUAUAUCCAAGGUUCUAACUAACAGGCUAAAGGAUAUCAUGGAUGAUAUAGUGGAUAAAAACCAGGCUGCAUUUGUUCCUGGUAGGCUGAUUAAUGAUAAUAUAAUACUAAGUCAUGAAUUAGUUAAAGGAUAUAAUAGGAAAGGGGUAUCCCCUAGAUGCAUGAUGAAGAUAGACAUGAAGAAAGCUUAUGACUCAGUGGAAUGGAGAUAUCUAGAACAAGUCCUAACUUGCUUGCAAAUACCUGAGAAGUUCAUACAGUGGAUCAUGCAAUGUACUACCACAGUAUCCUACUCCAUCCUGAUCAAUGGUGCACCUACAGAACCUUUUAAAGCUAAGAAGGGACUUAGGCAAGGAGACCCCUUGUCACCUUAUCUCUUUGUGAUAGUUAUGGAAUACUUAACAAGACUGCUAAAGACUCUCAGAAAGAAUCCAGACUUCAACUACCAUCCAAAAUGCAGCAAGAUGAAUAUUAUUCAGUUGAGCUUUGCAGAUGACCUAUUGCUGUUUAGUAGGGGAGACAGGAUGUCAGUACAGUUGGUAUUUCAAUGCUUUCAACAAUUCUCAGAAGCAUCAGGGUUAAUAUAUAAUAGAGAGAAAAGUUCUAUAAUAUUUGGAGGAGUCAGGGAAGAGCAGCAACAACAGAUAUUAGAUGAUCUGGGAUUUGUCAAAGGGGAACUACCAGUGAGAUAUCUAGGAGUGCCUCUUAGCACUAAGAGGUUAUCCUUGAUUUUUGUACUUCCAAAGAAGCUGAUCCACACAAUUGAGAAAGUUUGCAGAACUUUCUUAUGGACUGGGAGAACAGAAGAAUCCAGGAAAGCUCUAGUGGCUUGGGAAACUUUGUGCAAACCAAAGGCAGCUGGUGGUUUAAAUCUGCUAAAUGUUGAAGCCUGGAAUAAAGCUGCAAUUUGCAAAUUGAUGUGGAAUUUGUGCAAAAAGAAAGGUAGGUUAUGGGUGCAGUGGGUGCAUGUGUAUUACAAGAAACAGAUAGCAGGGUGGAAUAUUGAAGCAAAACAAGCUUCAUGGAUAAUUCAGAAGAUUUUCAAAGCUAGUCAAUACUUUGAGGAAGCUGGAUAUAAGGAAGACGAUAUGGAGAAGACGGAGAGCUUUUCAGGGAUAAGCAGGAAAGCAAUGCAAUGGAAUGAAGAGCUAAACUGGGCAGUCAAAUAUUACAAAGGAAGAAGCAUAAAAGCAGAACUUUACUUGCAGAAGCGGGAUACCAUGUAUGGCAGGAAAGGAACAACAGAAUUUUCAGAGGUGUGA